AUGGGGAGAGAGAAAAGGAAGCGGAGUGUAUACGUCCUGGCGCCCGAGGUCCCAACCUUCGUCGCCACUAGAGCGACCAAGAGCCGGAUCCAUCAAACGUUCAUUGAAGCCCCACCUGUCACCGAAGAACAACUGCCGUCAGAUACACCUUUGCCCACCCUUGGUUCGCCAGAUUCAUACAUGGCCGACGCGACCAUCUCUGAUCCACCUGUGGAUGCCUCUGGUUAUGUUGAAUUGAGUUUCGAGCCGGACAGGAUGCACCUCUCCUUACGUGGAGAGCAACAUACCGGCAAAGAUAUCUGGACGCCUCCUUACUACUAG